GAGCGUAGCAUCAUUUCUCCUCAGCCUUCUUUCUCCUCAUCCUCUUCACCUUCGACGCACUUCGAGCGCAUGUGUAACUCAUCCCAUCUCCAUGCCCAAAUUCUUCUCUGAAGAGAGGCGACUGCGAGCUGGGAUUUCCCGAUUUGGUGCUAAAAAAUGUCCAAAGAGGUUUCAUCUGUUCGAUCUAUUUCGAAGCCGGCCAGGUUAGAGAACAACGAGAAUGAAUUUGAGCUCCAGUUUAGCUCGACUCCGUUGCCUCCUUCGCGAAAGCCGCUCAACUCCAUUCCAGAUCCAUCUCAAUGUGAAGAACUCGACCCGACUCUGGUGGAAAAGCAAGAUGUGGUUCCACCUCUGCGUUCUUCGAAUUUCCAAUCCGUUUUUGGCACUAGAAAAGGGAAAGCUCUUCCUGAAACGAGCUCAGUUCAAAGUACUCCCGGGUCUCCCGCAACUGCAAGGAGAGUUUCAAUCAUCCAUGCUCCUGGAGGAAAAGGGGGAAAUUUCACCUCUAGAGUUACAAGAGGGAUUCCGCUCUUGAGCUUGGAGAGUUCAGUUGAAGUGCCACAUUUUGAACUAGCAGAGGAUCCUUCGUUUUGGAGAGAUCAUAGUGUGCAGGUUUUGAUUAGAAUAAGACCGCCAAGUGAUGUUGAGAAAGCAACUCAAGGAUACGGUAGAUGUUUGAGGCAAGAGAGUGAGCAGACUCUAGUUUGGCUUGGCCACCCUGAAACUAGAUUCACCUUUGAUCAUGUUGCUUGUGAAUCCUUAUCACAGGAAAAACUCUUCCGUGUUGCUGGGAAUCCCAUGGUGGAGAACUGUAUGUCUGGAUACAACAGUUGCAUGUUUGCAUAUGGUCAGACAGGAAGUGGUAAGACAUACACUAUGAUGGGCGAAAUAGGUCAGAUGAGUGGGAACCUUAAUGAUCAUAGAGGGAUAACUCCUCGGAUCUUUGAGUACUUAUUCGCUAGAAUUAGAGAGGAAGAGGAGAAACAAAAGAGUGAGAGGUUGAAGUUCAGCUGCAAAUGUUCUUUUCUAGAGAUAUACAAUGAACAAAUUACAGACCUUCUGGAGCCAUCAUCACCUAAUCUUCAUCUUAGAGAGGAUUCGAAGAAGGGGGUCUAUGUCGAGAACCUUACUGAAGUCAGUGUAACCUGUGUUGAUGAUGUUCUCAGAUUUUUGCUACAGGGGGCAUCAAAUAGAAAAAUGGCAGCUACUCAUAUGAACAGCGAGAGCAGCAGAUCCCAUAGUGUUUUCACUUGUAACAUUGAAAGCUGUUGGGAGAAAGAUUCUAUGAAACACUUCAGAUUUGGAAAGUUGAAUUUAGUGGACCUAGCUGGUUCUGAAAGGCAGAAAAGUUCUGGGGCAGAUGGAGAACGUUUGAGAGAAGCAGCUAACAUAAACAAGUCCCUUUCAACUCUCGGACUGGUCAUAAUGUCUUUAGUGGAUUUGGCGCAAGGGAAACAAAGACAUGUUCCAUACAGAGAUUCCAGGUUAACUUUUCUCCUUCAGGAUUCUCUUGGCGGGAAUUCAAAAACUACAAUUAUUGCCAAUAUUAGUCCAUCUAGCUGCUCUGCCAAUGAGACCCUAAGCACUUUAAAGUUUGCACAACGUGCAAAACUAAUUCAGAACAAUGCAAAAGUGAAUGAGGAUGCUUCAGGUGAUAUAUUAAUUUUGCAGCAGCAAAUCCAACAACUAAAGGGUCAGUUAUUUUUUUUAAUGAAGCAUCACGACUCUUCAAAACAAUUUUCAAAUUCCACACCAUCGUUGGAUCAGUCUAGCUCAGGCAUUCUUCCUGAAAGGUUUGACCUGUCUAAUGCGUCGAAGAUAUACAAUGAUGAUGAUGAUGAAAGAACAUGUGGAAGACACCACAAGGUUCAUCAACUAGAGGAAGAUGCUCAGCGCAAUAAAAUAAUGUUCAAGUUUCGUGAUGAAAAAAAUAAGCGAUUUGAAUUGCUUGAAGACAAGUUAAUCUCGGUGGAUAAGUAUCUCAUCAAUGAAAAUGCUGCUUUAAGAGAAGAGAUUCAGGUUCUAGCAUCAAGAUUAGCAACAAAUCCAGAACUAACUCGACUGGAAUUGGAGAAUAAUAAACUCCUCAGGCAGCUUCGAGUGUUCCAAAACUUCUAUGAUCAUGGACUGAGAGAAAAAAUGGUUGCUGAAAUAUCAGAAUUACGCCAACAGAUUGGAAGCAUGUCACACAGAAGUGAAUUAUUAAAAAACACACCUCACUCCUUGGCAGUGCAUGAAGGAUAUUUUCUGGAGAAAAGUAAUCACCAAAUGAAAAACACGUCGAUUUUGGAAUAUAAUGAUAUGAAGAAGCAGUUAAUGGAAGCAAGACUUUUGGUGGAAGAGUUGGAACUGGAGCAAGUCCAUCUCGUUGAAGAAAUGAAGAUAUUGCGGGAAGAAAACUUCAGGCUUCUGGAGAUGCUAGAUAGAAAUGACUCAAAUGAGAUCCUUGGGAAAAUAACAGGCUCUAUAUCUGAAAUUCGUGAACCGCAGGUCAGGGCAGAUGAUACAGAUCUGAUUUUUGUGUCGAAGGGUCAUGCUGAUACCUGUUCAGUUGGGUUGCAAGGUAAGUUGGAAAAAGUGUCCAAGGAUCUCGAGGUGGCCCUCUUUGUUAAUCACAACUGUAUGGAGGAAGAAGCACUAACAAUGUCCAUGAAACAACAAACUGAUUCAGUGUGCAUGGGGGUGGAAAUGGAAUCAAGCAAGACUAUUCUACUCCUGCAGGAAGAGAUUUUUCAAAUCAAGACUGAGUUUCAGGAGAAAGUGUGCUCCAUGGCUGAGGAAAUCAUAAGCCUCAAAGAAACCCUGGGAUCUAAAGAGGAAGAAAUGAUGAUGAUGUGUGCAGAGUGGGAAAGAGCAACUCUGGAUUUAACGAACUUCCUUACAGAUGGUUCUAGAUCCCUUCAAGACGCCACUUCUCAUAUAGAAAGUAUAGCUGGUUCAUUUCCUAAUGCCGACAUUUGUAUUGGAGAGCAUGUAGAGAGGGCAGCCAAAACAUAUAUUGAGAAGGAAGAAACUAUUCUUUUACUAAAGAAGAGCUUGGAAGAAGCACAGCAGACUGUGUUUCAAUUGGAUGAGAAGUUGUUAUCCUUGAGGAGUGCAACAAUUGCAUUGACUGAAGCUCAACCGCCAGUAAAUGCAUUUACAGAAGAUGGAAUUCAGAUAGCUACAGGAGUAAGUAAUUCAUUUCUGGCGAACAAUCUUACCCAUGGGGAAAUGCAGAUCAACGAAGCUGAAAAAAUGAAUUGCUCAUCUGAUAUUUUAAACCUUUCCAAUAUAAUUGAUAAGAAUGGUCAGCCAUUAACAAGUAGAUGGAAUUUUUGCAAGGGAGAAUUUAAUAGAGAGACUGAGUUGGCAAAAAGGGAAGUGUUGGAACUCAAAAAUGCUAUAAAAAUAUCCUUUUGUGAUGCAGAAAAGCAACUUAUAGCAAUCAAGUCUGAUGGAUAUAGCAGCCUAUUGUUUUUCAAAGAUUCAAUUCAAGACAUCAUUAAUGAUAUCAAAGAGAUGCAGACGCAUUUUACUCGGGCAAAGGAAAAACCUGGAAAGAGUCAAAUGGCUCAAAUGGAAACUGAUGAAAUGCAAUCAACUACUUCCUCUGAGAUUUCUGGAUGUGGUAGUGUGUAUCAAAUGCUCCAUAAGAUUCUAUAUGAACUUGUUGGAGCAAGAGACAGUUUAAAACACAUUAUUUGUUGCUUUUGUAAGAUUUUAAAUCCGUAUGGAUACCAGGGGGCUGCUGAGGAGUCUAUUCACUUGGGGGGAUGCACCAAGUUUUCUGCAUCCUCUUGUUAUUUUUCAGAUGAAACCAAUGGAUCUAGUCAUCCUUCUGAUUUUCAUGGUUCAGCUACUUCUCAAAACAUAGUCAGGAAUUUGAGUCAAGAAAAAACACUCUCUCUUCUGAGGAAGGAAUUCGGAAAGACUUACUAUGUGUUUACCAACUUAAGAGCUCAUUUUGAUAAUAUUUUCAGCCAAAAAGUUCAGAAUUGCUUAUGCUCAACUCCGUGCUUUUGCAAUUCACAAGAAGUUCCAAAAAGCAAUCACCAGUAUGCAGUGGAAAAUGAAUUUGAAGUCAGAAUGUCAGAACUGGUUCCAGGUCAUGAAGUAGUAAUUAAGCCCGUAGCUGAGACAAGUUGCAACUUUGUGAGAGAGGGCAUACAAUUGGAUCCAAUCGAAAGAACGAAACAGGCAAACAUUUUCUUCCACAAAUUUGAGGAAGCUCACAGAACCAUCAAGGAAGCAGAUCAUACAUUGCAGGCAUUAACCAAAUCAAAUGAAAGUGGAAAACUAAUGACAUGUAUCUGGGAACAAGCAGUGAAGGAUUUGCAGGUAGAGAAAGCCAGAUUGGCUGAAGAGAUCAAUCAAAUGAACUCUGAUAUUUGCGGGAGGGGUGAAUAUGAAAUACUGCAGAACCAGAUGCAUCUCGACUUCACUGAAAUUACAAGCUCAAUAUCUUCCAUUGAAGAUACGUUCCGUGAAACACAAAAAUAUGUCGAUGCAUUGUGCAAAUCUGUGCUUUCUGAUGCUUCUGAAAUGGUAAAGGAGACUACGAGCUGCAUUUGCGAUUCAAAACUGCUAUUAGAUGAUAUAGUCACUACAGUAAUGGGGAAUGGAGUAGCCUCUUUAGUCCUCCGUCAGUGCCACACAGGUGAUUUGAUUCACAAACUGAAAAUCCUCAACAGAAAUCUAGUUGCAAUGCAGGGUGAAUGCUAUCAGGAAUGUGAUAAUGGCAGGUUGGAUAUAGAUGGUCAAGAGGUGGAUAAUGCUCCAUCUUUGAAAGAGAAAGACUUUGUUCAUGCUAACCCAGUGUAUGACAAUGCCGAUCUCUGGAGGGAAUUGGAACGUAAAGAGGCUCUUCUAAAAGGAUUACUUUUUGACUUUAGCUUACUACAAGAAUUGGCUUCAAGCAAAAGGGAUGUCAAGGAUGAAGUGGAUAAGUUAAUUGCAGCCUUGAGUGAAGUUGAAAGUGAAUUAAGAAUUCAAAAGAAUCUGCUUGAUGAAUUGAUUGUUCAAAAUAGAUUGCUUGAAAACCAAUUGAAAGAUGCUCAAGGUGCUCUUUUUGUCUCUCGCUCUGAUCUAGCAGAAUCAGGAAGAAAAUUGGAGAUAGUGACAAAGGAAAAUGCAGGAUUGAGAGGGCUUGUGAACGAUCUUUAUCUAAAGAAGUCCGAAAUAGAGGAAGAACUGAGAGAGCAUAAGCAGGGCUGGGAGACGUUAGAAAAAGAGAUUAUUUUUCUGACAUCUUCAGCUGAUAAUCAAGUUACAAGAGAGAAAAUCCAGCUUCUGGAACACAUUCGCUCUUUGCAAGACAAGCUUGAUAUUGCUUAUGCAUUAGCUAACGAGAAUGAAGCGAUAGCUGUCGAAUCCCACCAGGAGUCAGAAGCAAGUAAAAUCUAUGCUGAGCAAAAGGAGGAAGAGGUGAAGAUUUUGGAGCACUCUGUUGAAGAGCUAGAGGGCACCAUAAAUAUACUAGAGAAAAAGGUACAUGAAAUGGAAGAAGAGGUAGAAAGUCAUCACAUGAUAAGAGAUUCAUUAGAACUAGAACUUCAAGCACUAAAAGAGAGGCUGUUGACAGUUGAAAAUUUUACUGAAAGUCUGGACUUCAAUAGAUCAGUCUUGCAACGUACAGAAGAGCAAUUUCAAAGGUCCCUAUCACAUCACAAGGAUUAUGAACAAAUAAGAGUUCUUGAGGUAGAAAAGGCAGAACUAGUGAAGGAGGUCAAACAAUGCAAAGAGUACAUUUCUGAAAUUCUAUUGCAUGCUGAAGCACAGUCCUUACAGUAUCAGAACAAGUACAAAGACUUGGAAUCAAUGAUUUGUGGAUUCGAGAGUAACUCAAACUUAGAGAACCAAGAAUAUACAUCAGAUAUCAGGGAGAAAGUCUCAACAAGAGCAAGGGGCUCAAGUUCACCUUUCAGAUGCAUCUCUAGUUUAGUUCAUCAUAUGAACUUGGAAAAAGAUCAGGAACUGUCGGUUUCCAAACUGCGAAUAGAAGAACUAGAAGCGAUGGUGGCUCAAAGGCAGCAAGAGGUAUGUAUAGUGAAGAAAAGGCUUGCUGCAGCAGAAAACAUGACACAUGAUGUCAUCCGGGAUUUGCUAGGUGUCAAACUAGACAUGACUAGUUAUGCAGAUCUUAUAGACCAACAUCAACUUCAAGGGUUUAUUGUUAACGCUCACCAAAAAUCACAAGAGUACAGUGCAAUGGAAAAAGAAGUUCUAAAUCUGAGGAGAAAAAUGAAUGAUUUGAUCAUGGAAAGAGAAGCAUUCAUUGAGCAAGUGAGAAGGAGAGAAGCCAUUGAAUUAGCAGCACAGAUGAGCAUAGAGCAAUUGAAGGAGCGGGAUCAGAUGCUGACUGCCCAAAAUGAAUUGCUCAAAGUGGAAAAGUUCAAAUUACAGAGUAAGGUGGUGGAACUGGAAGAGAAGGCGAAAGGUUUAUACGAAACGCCCGGGAAUAUGCAGCUGGCUUUCCAACGGCAAACCGCCACAGCAUUUGUUGAUCACGGCAAGAGGCUGCCUAGUUCCAAGCCAUUGGUUUUGGGAAAGAGGAGUGAGUGACAAAUCUGCUAACCACCCCAUCAGUCCCAGAGACACGAAGGGAAUCUGAUUCGAUUAGAUUGCCAGAUGCUUUUUCAUCCCCAAAGCACAGAAUCGUGUACAUGACAAACCGUUAUUGGAUUUUUCUGCAGAGUAUUACUAAACCAGAUCACCAUUCCACAGGUGUGCUGUUCUUCCACUGCAAUAUACUCAGUAAAUGUAUGGGUUUGUU